UUGAUCAUAACACUCUGUGUGUGUGUGUGUGUUAAUUUCUUCCCAUGAUAGUGCAUUCUUUGGUGAAGAAAACUGGCAACAACUGCACACUCAAGGACAGACCACAUUACAUUGAUUCUGAAACCUCUAAGUGGAGCUUCAGUCAUCUGUCAGCCUUGAAUACAAGAUUAAAGAUACACUUUAAAAUCUAACACAAUGGCUCUGCAUCAGCAACCACCAUUUUUCAACCCGAGUGUCCCGUUCAAUAUUCCAAUCCAGGGGGGAUUGCAGGAUGGCAUGAGUAUUACUGUAUGUGGACGGGUUUGGCCAAAUGCAGACACAUUGGAGGUGAACCUUCAGUAUGGGUCUGAUGUCAUACUGCAUUUUAACCCUCGCUAUGAAGGAGGAUCUGGGUUCGUCGUGCACAACACCAAUCAGAAAGGUGUCUGGGGCAAAGAAGAACGCGAGUACAAAACUCCUGUCCCAAGAGGCCAGGCGUUUGCUCUGCAGAUCCUCGUCACCCAGGAGUCAUACAAGGUUACUGACACUGCUUAA